AUGGCAGAAAAGGAGUCAUCGCAGCCAAGUAUGGAGCAUCAUGACUACCAAGAGAAAGGAAAGGUCGAUGGCAUAGAUCAUGCGGCACUCCAGAGCAUUGAGACUAUGGGACAGAUGAGUGAUGCCUACAAGACGCUUGAGAGGAGAGUCGUUCGAAAACUUGAUUGCACCUUGGUCCCGAUGUUGUGGAUCAUGUAUCUCUUCAACUAUCUCGACAGAAACAACAUUGCUCAAGCACGAUUGAACUCUUUCGAAAAGGACCUGGGCCUGAAGGGCAACCAGUUUAACAUCGCGCUACAUGGUUAUGCAACUACCCUCGAACAUGCUACUGUCUCGGAACUGGCUCUUCGUACAGCAAUUCUGUACUCUGGUUUGAUCCUAGCUACAGCAUUUUCAGGAUUACUCGCCGCAGGAAUCUUUUCUGGCCUCGAUCAAGUAAAGGGGCUUGCAGGCUGGCAAUGGCUCUUUAUUCUCGAAGGAGCAGGGUGUUUCUUGAUCUCCAUGAUUGCUCUCGUUGUCCUCCCCGACUUUCCUGGCCAAAAGACUGGAUCUGCACGAUGGUUGUUUAGCGACGAAGAAAGAACGUUCCUGGCCGAACGGAUCAAAAAAGACAGAGUUAGUGAAGAUGAAAUCGAUCGAUCGGUCUGGACUGGCCUCCGAGCAGCACUUUUGGAUAUAAAAACAUGGCUUUUUACUCUCACUCUAACACUAAACCACAGUGCUUAUGGAUUCAACAACUUCUUUCCUACUAUUGUGAAAGGAUUCGGCUUCGGAAACAAUACGAUAACACUUAUCCUAACUGCUCCUCCUUAUCUACUCGCAGCUUUUGUGGCUUUUGGUGUCGCCAGAUCUAGUGACCGUCGGAAGGAGCGUGGCUGGCACAUUGCUAUCCCGACUAUAUUUUCAUGUAUAGGUUUCAUUAUCUCAGUCGCUACUCUAAAUCGACCAGCUCGCUACACCGCUGCAUUCCUAUAUAUUGCCGGUUGCUUCUCUUCAAAUGCGUUAAUCUUCAGCUGGGCAUCUAACUCCCUCUCACAAUCCCCGGAGAAGAGAGCUUGCGCCACUGCUGUUAUCAACGUGCUCAGUCAACUUGGUAACAUCUGGAGUCCAUAUUUCUUCCCGUCGGACCAGGGCCCGAGAUAUACUAUGGCUAUGUUGUUGAUGAUGGCGUCGACUGUUGGCUGUGGCUUGACUGCAAUAUCUAUCAAGUGGCUGUUGAUCAGAGCAAACCGUCGGCUGGAACAAUCAGGUGCAACAAUCUUCUUUUCGCUCUAA